AUGAUGGGAAACUGCUGGCUCAGGGUAGCAACCAUGCAGCUCGAGGAGAGAAUAAACUCUGUCCCAGACCGCUUAUUCAAGAUUAUUUUUGUGGGCAAUUCGAGUGUUGGAAAAACAUCAUUCUUAAGGCGAUUUUGUGAAGAUCGUUUUUUCCCAGGCACAGCUGCUACCGUAGGUGUGGAUUACAAUGUAAAAACCAUCACAGUAGAUAAUACUCAGGUAGCCCUGCAACUCUGGGACACUGCUGGCCAGGAACGGUACCGAAGUAUUACCAAGCAGUUUUUCAGAAAAGCUGAUGGUGUCAUUGUGAUGUAUGAUAUAACAGCAAAAGACACAUUCACAGCUGUUAAGCAGUGGCUGAUAAGCAUCGAGGAGACAACUGGGGAGAACAUACCUGUGCUUUUGUUGGGUAAUAAAACUGAUAACGAAAAGGAACGUGAGGUCCCUAUGGGAAUGGGAGAGCAUCUUGCUAAG